UAUCAUUUAAUUCUAUUCUUCAUCAUCUCUUCUCUUUUUCCCAAUACCAAGCUAGACACACACCUUUAUUGGAUUUCUCAUGGAGAAUCAGUCUCCCAAAUCAGAAUCCUUCAUGCAAAAAGAAUUGCCAACUUGUUAUAAACAAGUGCCCAUAGAAUCAUUAUCAAGAUUUUUCAAGGAUCCUCACAUAUUGAAUCAUGAGAGUUCUAUAAGUGAUGGUUCCGACAUGAAAUCAAAUUCUUCAAUAAAACUCUCAGAGUUUCUUCCACUUAAUUUCCAUCAAAAUGAAUCAUCAUCAUCAUUAUCAUUAUCUUCUUCUAGUUCUCAACACCAUCAAGAUCAAGGGAAUAACAAUAUUAUCCCUUUAAAUAAUUUUCUUGAUUCCUUUCAUCAUCAAGUUCUUGAUCACCAAACGUGUUCUUCGUCACCAAAUUCACUAUCAAGUAAUUACCCAACUUUAGGGCUGUUCUUGCAAGAGCCUUCCAUUUUAGAGAUUUCAAAAAGGGCAGCUGAAUCACUAAGCAACAAGAGCCACAAGUCAUCCGCCGCUUUAUUCCCUAUGUCUUCACUAGGCCAUGAGAGCCAAAUUCAUAAUCAGGAGGCUGAAGCUACAAAUACAACAAAUUGGCUGAAAAUGAAUCAUACCUUGACAAAUUGUACUAGCACAAAAGGUUUUAGUGACUAUUGGCUUAGCACUACAAAAACUCAGCCAAUGAAAUUCACAGGAUCAAGAAAAUCAUCACUUCAUUGUCAUCAAGGUAGCCAAAAGUCGUCGUCUUCUUUUUCUUCUCCUUCUUCUGUGAUCGCGUCCCAAGGAAAGCUUUUUCGAGGAGUAAGGCAAAGGCAUUGGGGUAAAUGGGUAGCAGAAAUAAGGCUACCAAGAAAUAGGACAAGGGUUUGGUUAGGGACAUUUGAUACUGCUGAAGAUGCUGCUUUUGCUUAUGAUACUGCUGCUUAUAUGUUAAGAGGUGAUUAUGCACACCUGAAUUUCCCGCACUUGAAGAAUCAACUCAAGGCUAAUUCCAUGAAUGGGAACACAGCAUCCCUCCUCGAGGCGAAAAUUCGAGCAACUUCAGCACAAUCAAAGAAGGGUAAUAUUAUUGAUCGUGACGAAAUAUCUCCAAAAGGGCUAUUGGAUGAAAAAUCAACGAUCAAGAACGCGAUAACUCAGAAUCAAGAAAUGGAAAAUAAUUCUGAGAAAAUGAAGAAUAAUCAAGAAAACAUUGAUGGAGUUCAAUUGAGUAGAAUGCCAUCUUUGGACAUGGACAUGAUUUGGGAUGCACUUCUAAUUUCUGAUUCGUCAUGACCAUCAAUUGAUGCAUUUUUUUUUAUUUCAAGAUCUGGAGCAUACACAUAGUUGUUUUUUGAAAAAAAAAAAAAAAAAUUCAAUGCCACUUUUGGGAAGAUCAUGUAGUGACAUUUGUUGACUUAUAUUAUAUUAAUUUGUUGUUUAA